UCUCCCCCUUGCUCUCACAGAAGAAGGGAACUUUCUUCUCUACUGGGACGAAAUAAAGCGUUGGCUACUUCGUCAGUCUUUUGUAGUUUACUAUUGGGCUAUACCAGUAAAUUACCAGGUUUCAAUCAGCUUUGCCAUGAUGCAGCUCAGCAACGACACACACUGCAACAAGCACUCGCUGCUCAACGUCAUGAACCGGUUCAUCGCCGCUGCCAACAACAUGGAUGAGACCAUCAUGGUGCCAAGCUUACUGCGGGACGUGCCUCUGGAGGACCAGGAGAGCCAAGCCUCUUUUAGCCACAACAACAACGACCCCCCUUUCUCCAGCAAACAGAGGGAUAUGUAUGAGCACUACUUGCUGGUGAAGUCCCUUAAGAACGACAUGGAAUGGGGCCUGCUGAAGAGAGAGAUGGGUGGUGGUGGUGCCAGCUUUCUAGAGAUGGCAGUGAAGCAAGAGGAGCCGCCGCAGGUGAACGGGGGAGCUGUGGAGGAGGGCAGUGAUCUGGAGGGCCAGUUCCACUACCACCUACAUGGACUGUUUACCGUUCUGUCCAAGCUCACGGUCCAGGCUGACCAUCUCACAAGUCGUUACAAGAGAGAAAUUGGCGGAGGUAGCCUUUUACGAUAAGAUUGAUUUUGUAACAUCUAAUAGACAAUUCAUGAACUGUUGGGCUGGGAAGUGAGUGUGCAGAUGAGGACCUAAAGGGCUCUAGAUUCCCCUCUGCCAUAAAGGGUUUUUUACCCAAAUUAGUUGGCAGUCUCUGGUGCUUUCAGGAGGUUUCCACUGGAAGUUAAAGGGCUAUGAGAGUAAAGUUUUUGUUUUGUUCUUUUGUUUGUUUGUUUUUUUUAACUUUCAGCAGCGUAAAUCUAUUCCAGCUAGUUUUGGGUUUUGUUUUCUUAACUCUGGAUGCCAAGUCAGAAAGCCCUUGACAUUUGUCAUUUUGAAGCUGUAGAAGAAUGUGAAUGCUGGUAAUUCAGUUCUUCAUAUUAGCCAAUUUGCCUUUUAAUGAGGGGGGUUUUAUGCAUUAAUGCUGCUCUUGUGCGCUUGUCCAUGUGUCAUGGCAUGCCUUCUGUCUUCACUUCCCACUUGUGCUGUUCAAAUAUGUGUGCUUGUCAUGCAUCGUUUCCUUUUGAACAGGACCUAUUCGAGUUUGUAAUGCCACUGGUUUUGUUUUUUGUUCUAAAAGAUUUCAAGUUUUAUAUUGUGCUGUUAUCUAAUAUAGUGACUUAUAAAUAAAGUAUUAUCUUAAACUGUC